AUGGCCAAGCAGCUGGACGACCAGACUACUCGGCUAUUGUUCGCUGCAUCACGAGGCGACACACGAACUAUUUCAUUAAUGUGUAGCCAAGGAUUCGAUGCUGACAAUGCAGACUAUGAUGACAGGACGGCAUUGAUGGUAGCAGCCAUGAAAGGAAAUACGGACGUGGUUCGCUUGCUUUUGGAGUACAAUGCCAAUCCCAACUUGGUCGACAUGCACGGAUCAACAGCAUUGCUGGAAGCUGUCAAGAAUGGAAAUUCUUGUGGAAAGAGGAGCUGA